GUCAAAUCAACUCAAAUCAACUCAACUCGACUCAACUCGAUCCAUUCACUACACUCUACAAUCUGAAUGCUAUGAGUAUUGACUGCGUACUGGAAAUACUGUCGCUACAAUAAUCUUCUUUUAUACUUUCCAGAAGGUCCACCUAGGUAAUUUAACAAAAUGUUAUGACACUACAUUGUCUUUGCAUCUAUGAGUUGGUGAGAUUGUGAUUUCAGAUUCACAGAUUCAUAUUCGGAUUUGAUAUUACAACACCGGGUAUCAAAUCCACAGCAAUCAACUUCAUCAUGACUCUCUUGCGAGGCUGGCUUGCCCAAAAUAUUGAACAAUCGUUGGAAGAAGCACUGGUUUGGCUGAAAUCAACGUGUGUGGCACAUGAAAAUUCCUACAAGUCUCACGAACAAUUCUCUUACGAGCAGGAAAGACUCUCCAUCAAGCUGGAAAAGCCUGGAUUGAUUCAUCUGAUAAGUGACAGCAAGGCGCAGGAUUCAAUGCAGUCUAUGAUGGUAUCUGAUGGUACCACUAAGAUCGCAGCAAUAUUCCAACAAGACUUUCUGAAUCGCUAUUUGGAGAAGCACAAAAGGACACUGGGCGAGUUUAUUGGAGAAACUCUAGCGGCGGAGAAGUUGCAAUUGAAUGUUUCUGGCUCAGCACGUGCUGUAGACAUUGGAGGAACCAUUGGUAACAAAUUAGAUGCAAUCAAGGAGUUCCUGAAUGCUGAAAAUCGCGGGAACACUGUUUACCAAAAUUUCGAACUCGAAUCCCAAAACACUUCAACACCUUCACAGUCUGUUAUGCUUGCGACACAGGAUCCCGCCAGUAUUUUGGAAUUAAGAAGAGAAAAGAGUACUGUUUCUGAUCUGGAUCGACCAAACCUGCGCACUGCGAAUUCUGAUGUCCUAGCAAUUCUUCAGAAUGGUACGGCCGUUCAAACUGCAGAUGACAGUCCUCAUCUCAGUAAGCUAGAACAACCACUUGACUCGGCCGAUACUACGGAAUUGGCACAGCGACUUUCGCCAAAAUCAAGUUUUGUUGUUGCCGGCAAUUUGGAAACAGGUAAUGAAACGAGACUCAUAAACGAUUUGCAGGUCCAAAAGUCUCCCAGGCCUUCCAUAGACGAACAAAGUAAUGGCAACAAUAGUAUGCCAGGGGAUGGGAGGCCUAAUGCAAACAACAUGACACUCGAGGCUAUGGAACCUUCCAGUGGGAAAAUAUACGAUAAUUCUCCAAUCAACGAAGCAUUGCCAUUUCAGAAAACCCUUUCGUAUAAUCUACACCCUUAUGGUCGUAUUUCAAAAGAACAGAACGACUGGUGCAAGCGUCCGGACUCGGUUGCUUCGUUCUCGGAUGGUCGUAGAUCCACACCAAAUCUACCCCCAGCAAUUUUGAAAUCUCAACUAGCUUUUUACGAGAAUUUGCUCACUACACGAGCUUCAGCUACUGCUGAGAAUGCAGUACAGAGCAGUCAGGCCUCCAAGCCAGACUCGAGCCAGGACACCAUCGAGACGGAAAAUGGGGAUGAUUGCAAGAAUAAUCCCGGUGCCCUUCGUCAGUCGAAAGACACUGAAGAACAUGAAUGUACUCUUGAAAAUCCGCAGUCUAAAGCUCUGCUUGAUAGUGAUGAUGGUCAUCAGUCGGAUAGUGACUCAAGUGACAUGACAGAAGUUAGUUGCCCUAGUCCAGAACGAAAUUCAAGACCUAGACAGGCGAUCGAGGAAAACCACACCUAUCAAAAUUCAAAUGGAAAUCGUACAAACCCACCAAUAGAGCACAGCGAUGAUGAGGAUCAUCAUUUAGAUAGCGAGUUGAGUGAUGCGACGGAAGUUAGCUGCCCUAGUUCAAAACGCAACUCAAGGCCCAGACAAGUUGUUGGGGAAAACGAAAGCAUGAAGCGGAUUGCAGAUCGAGAGAAUUCUCUAACGAUGGAAAAUAGUGACCGAACGCAUAGUUCCGAUAGUUCUGAUGUGCCAGUCUUAGAGGCUCGUCAAGAGACUAUCCCGCAAUCUUCUCCCAAUGUCACAGAAAACAACGCGACUUGUGCCAUUAAGGUCAAAGCAUCUACAGCACCAGUCCCAUACCCAUCUAAUAGUCUUUCCGAUGAUGAGGAACUUGAAAUGGAUAUUCCGCAUGUCUUGGGCGACGAAAUUCGGAGCGAAAAUUCUCCACUUUCUGCUGACGUAGACAAUGGGGUCCAGAGUCGCAAAUCACCUGCAGAUGAUCUCCCACAAUUUUCACAGCAUCAGCUCGAAGCCGCGCAGCGUAAGUCUGAAGUACAGGUCGAAAAGACUCCGAACCACAAAAAAAGGCUGAACACAGAAUUGUUAUCAGAUUUUGUGAUUCCUGGAACUUACAAUAACCCACAAAACGAAACAAUUGAAGACAGUUUAUUUGUCCCCGAAUCCGGUCGAAUCCAGUCACCCACACUUCCGAAAGCACCUUCUCAGAUGAUCGACACAUUCGGUGAGACGCCUCAAGACAAAAACGAGCCAGAUAACUCUAAGAUUCAACACUCUCGUGACCAGCAGGUAUCAUCAAGGCCUAGUGAUCAUAUAGCUUAUCCGAGCGCACCAAGAACUCAGUAUUUCCAAUCUGUACCAAUUCCCAAUCUUGAUGGGGCUAUUUCUGAUGGCUUGCACUCUCCCAGUAGGAGUCCUUCUAUAAGCUUUCUACCAUUAAGCCAGAGUUCUCCAGAGCAAGGGCAUGAUGGGGACCGUCCUGUCAAGCGGCAAAAACUUACAGACCCUCUAGCUCUACAGCAGGUUUUAGGUUUCAGCCAAGAGGAAUCGCCAUAUAAAAACAGGAACGAAAUGGUUAGAGCCAACAGGCGUGAGAUACGAGAGGUCCUACAAAGACGAUCACCAAUGACAGGUUCAGGAAUACUCAGCAAUGAUACCGAGGGAACACAAAAUGUGGCACUUCCAGAAGAUUCCCAAAUGAGCCGCAAUAUAUUCGAGAAAGAUUUACCUGGUUCAGUAAUCUCUGAUCAGACCUUCACACUGUACAAAAACCUACUUCCAGGCCAAUCAUCUCCCCCUUUUAACGGUCGCAACACGGCCACAACUUCAAUUCUACCCGGAAGAACUCGGCCGAGCUCAGAGAAUUCCUACCAGUCGAAACAGCAGCCCACUUUACUCUUUGAGAAGUAUUCUAAUACUUAUCCACGCUACAAGGGUAGUAAGAGACAAUUCAUUUGUGCACUUGUAUAUCUGGAGUGGCUUGAGACCCCCACCAGACAGCCUCGGGCAUCAUUAUGGGAUGAUUUUGUUUGGUUCUAUACUUUGUACAUGGACCAUGUCCUCGACAGUAGAAACAGAUUGAGUGGAAUUAGAUUCUAUAAUGAAUUGGGGAUUUCUGAUCCCUAUUUUACUCGCUCUAAUAACAGAACAGGACCGAUAAUCACUACAGAAAGCCUCAAAGCUGCUUUAUCGCCCGAAUCUCCAGAUUAUGGUGUUAUUGAAGACUUGCGUGGAAAAUACAGAAGCACUGCUUCGCAUCCGCUGAUUGGUCCUGGGAGCAUCAGAGCAAGCUCUGUGAGGCAACAAUCGAGUGAGCUCAAUCCUGUUGCAAACACUGAUACCCCUUUACGGUCAGAAGCCUCUACUCAUAUUGAAAAAUUUGCCUCACAAAAAUCCUCCCAAAGUUCUGAUCGACCGCCAUCAUCAAGAAACGAGGGACUCUCACCAACGUUGCAAAAGAAGAGGCGGAAUCAUUCAAAAACAAUAGCCUCGAGGAACGGAACCCCAGAAGACCUUUCACUGCCAACUGUAGCGUCAAUAUCACAGUCAAAUUCAUCUAAAAUGCCAGAGACAAAUGAGCCGCCAUCAAGGGCUUCAAAAGAACCUGGAAAAGCUCUAGGAAGGUUUUUCGAAACCCCGAGUCAAUUGUCAUUCUUAUCAGAUGUAAGAUCGCCGCCUCAUAACAGUUCCCCGCCUCUUCAAAAUCUGGCAUCACCACAGAGUUUGCGGAAGACUCCGGAUGGUCCAUCAUUAGUACAAACAAACUCUUGUGAGUUGGCAAGCCCAAUUCACAGAGGAACUCCACGUAUCGUGAGUGAAACAGAUUCUUCGAGAAAACGCAGGUCGCAGGAACGUUUAUCAAAAUCCUCUCGUGGAAGAUCAGCAUCUCCACCGCCGCCACGGAAGAUCCAGAAAUAUACGACAGACUCAAAUCUACCGGAGAAGGUUGAUGCAGGCCUCGAAAACCAAGAACAACAAAUGAGCCUUGGAAAAUCAACAAAACUCUCAUCGAUCGCAUCGACCUUCAGUGGUAAGUGGGAAUUUGGCAAGUAUCUCGCGCAAAGACGAAGGGAGAGCGGCGUUCGUCGUUCAAGAUUGACGCCAAGGACUAGCUUCGGCUUGAAGCCAAGAUCUGGCAGGGACAAUAAAGGCUAGCACAUCUAAAAGCGUGCGGGUGGGGGUCGUUCCUUCUUCGAAGCUAGCCCAGUGUUUAAGAAUCUGUACUUAGUAGUUGUGGAGAGAGGCGUGUCAACUCACAAAAGGUUAUCAAUACUCAAGAAUAAUACGAAACACAUUAACAAAUUGUGUUCGAGCACCAAUGUGAGAGAGCUGCUCUGCUAUUCCAUUCAAACAUCGCUGCCCUUAUGGCCCGGGCUCAGGCCAUAAAAUAAAAUCUA